AUGAUAAGCAAAGUUAUGUGUGGCCGACUUGUCAACUGGCUUCGGCAGAACAAUCAUAGAUUUGAAUUCGAUCAAAACGAAAAGGUCCUGACCGACAAGACCAACACUGCUGGAACAUCCAAAGCUGCCGGUGACAAAGAAAAUCCUGACCAAAUUGUCGUUCAAAUCAUCUUUGUGAAGGGAGAAGAAGGGAGAUUCGCUGUUACCUCGGAAAAGUGGCUCGAUAGAGAUGCGUACAAAUUGUUGAUCAACGAAAUUUUCAAUAAAGUUCGACUCCCGAACGGGCAGCCAGCCGGCUCAUAUUCAGAAAGAUGGAGAUUCUGGACCUUUCCGUUAGAGGUUUACCACGAUUUCAUGAAUACUUACAAAUCAGCGAACAUCGCGAAAUUGACUGUGAAUCCUUUUCCUCCCCAAGUCACUCGAUACCUCCGUCCGAAAACGACAGAAGAAGCCCCUAUUACUCCAAAUGUUCCAGAAAUGCUACUGAAAGCACUUUACCCAUUCCAGCGAGAAGGACUCGAAGAAAUAAUUCGAAGAAAGGGAAAAGCCAUUCUUGCUGAUGAAAUGGGCCUUGGAAAGACAAUUCAAGCUCUGGCAGCAGCGGCUCAUUAUCGAAAAGACUGGCCACUGUUGAUCGUUUCCCCAAGCUCAGUUAAGUUCAACUGGCUCGUCGAAAUGAACCACUGGAUUGGCGAAAUCGUCAACAAGGACAACAUUCAGGUUCUUUACACAGGCAAAGAUGUAGAGAAGAUUCGCAACAACUUGAAAGUAGUUAUUACGAGUUACGAAAUGACAACUAAGAUCGUCGAUAAAAACAAACACAUGACCGACGUUUCAAUCUUUUCAGAAGAUCAAGUUAGAAGACCCCGGUUCGGGAUGGUCAUUUUGGACGAAAGUCACUACAUCAAAUCGGCAACGGCCAAACGAGCUCAAUCCACUAAAUUACUUUGCAACGGAGCAGCUCGAGUUCUGUGCCUUUCUGGAACCCCAGCGCUUGCGAAACCGAUCGAGCUUCAUUCCCAAAUCGAAGUUGUCAAAAAAGACCUCUUUCCCAAUCGUCACUCAUUUGGCGUGCGAUACUGCGCUGCUAUCAAAACUAGAUAUGGAUGGAACUAUUCUGGCUCCGACAAUCUCCCGGAGCUCUCGUUGAUUCUUUCAAAGACGAUCAUGAUCCGUCGAUUGAAAAGCCAAGUGCUCAAAGAUCUCCCGCCGAAAUUGAGAAAGGUCAUUUACAUGAAAGUUCCAGAGUCGCGGGAGAUGCAAAAGUGUUACAAAAUCUUCGAAGGAAUUCAAAAGAUUCCCUCGGGCAUCACCAAGGCAGAUUUCAAACCUGGCGAGUUCGAAAAAUUGUCCGACAAGUUCAAAGAAGCUGAUGAUUCUCCACUGACGAUUUGGAAUAAAUGGUAUUCUGCCACUGGAGACGCGAAGAUCAAGUCAAUCAGCGAAUAUCUGAUUGAAAAGCUCGAAAAUGAAAACGAAAAAAUCCUCGUCUUUGCUCAUCAUCGCUCUGUAAUCGACAGUUUAGAGCAGAAUCUCUCCCCAAAGAUAAAAGGAAAUCUCAUCAAAAUCACUGGCUCGACUAGAUCUGACGAUAGAACGAUGUUUGUUGAAAAAUUCCAAAACGAUGAAAAUGUAAAAUGUGCCCUCCUGUCAAUCACCGCUGUAAAUAUGGGCGUGACUCUCACAAAAGCCUCGACAGUGGUCUUCGCCGAGCUUCAUUACACACCUGGUGUGAUGGUCCAGGCAGAGGAUCGAGCGCACAGAAUCGGGCGCGAGUCAGAUGUCAAUAUCGAAUAUUUGAUUGCCAAGAACACGGCCGACGAGUGGAUCUGGAGGAAUGGAAUAGGGCCAAAUGUUUGCUGUCGUCAGUUCAGUUGUUCAGUAGUAGACUUCCGUCAUGCGAGAACGAAGGAACCGCAGGUCGCGCCGGACUUCAGCAAUUGUUUAGGCCGCGACAAUCACUCGCGAAAUCGACGUGAAUCAAAAACAUAUUACACCGAAGCGUCCACAGAUGAGACAGAGUACAGUUCAACAGAAUAUGACACAGAAUACACUACUUACGAGUCAUCCAGAGAAGUUCGCAGAUCAAGCUCACGCCAGUCAUUACAAAGAACCCCUUCAAGCGCCCAUCGAAACCGAAGAAGGAGCGGUUAUGGAUCGGAUAGACCAACGCCAAAAGCGCGGAGAAGGCUGAGUUACUCCGACAAGCGUCGUCCUUAUCCAUCAGGAAAUAUUGACUAUCAAGAAUUUGACGAAAACGAGCCUUGUGUAAAGCGACCGAUUUUGACAGAGAAAACACGAAUGAUUAUUCGAAGAGUAGCUCUCGCCGUUCUUACAGCUACAGUCGCCGUCUGCAUCGUUUGCCUUCUAUCUCAAUGGAAACGCGCUUAUGACAAGCGUCGGAACGCGACUUGGAUCGAAAAAUCCGAAUUCUGGACGGACUACUUCUACAAUCAAUUCUCUUGCUCUGGAGCCGGCUUAGGAAACUCAGCGGUGGAGGAGAAGCAUGAGAACCUCAAGCAGGAGGACGAAAAUGAUGAAGAAAAUGACGGAUUUGAUGAUGACGAUGAAUUCGAUGAUAUUGUCGCAGAGCUUGAUAAUGAAGCUAGCUCUGUUCCAGCGCCGGCUCCAUCGAACAAGGAAUGA